AUGAUAUUGAUUACGCCACAAAACCAAUGAUGGGAAUCGCUUGUGCUGCUUCCACAGCUCAGAGCUAUAAUGAGCAAGUUGAAGGCGGUCGUCGAGCUUCUGCAAAGCUCUAAAGUCAAGGAACGACAAGAAGGAAUAAUUUCUCUCAAAGAAGCUUUCUCACGCGAUGAUGCUGUCCUCAAUCUUGGGGAGGGACGCGCUUGGCUUGUCGUGUAUCAGGCCCUCUUCACAGCAGUUACCAGUGAAAGAGCAGAAUGCGACAAGAAAGCCACGUCAGGCAAGAAUUCAUCGACAGGUGCCGCUGCCUUGCGCAGACUUGGAGAUGCCACCACCACCGUUCGUUGGCUAGUAGAGAGAAGCAACAGCAGGCUCACUGGCAGAGUCGUGAAAUCCAUCCUGACACAUCUCUUACAGAUGAUGGUUUUCCAUGGACAGCUGUACGCUCCGCUCGCUCUUGACUACCUCAAGACCCUCAAGAUACUUCUCGGCUGGACGCCACACAUGGACCGCAUCGAGGCGGCCAGAUGGAUCAGCAUAGCUGAAUUGGCUUUCAACAUCAUUUUAGACGAUCCGAUAAAGAGAAAGUUCAACGAUGUUACCGGAGAGAGUAAUGAUGAGAGCAUGCAGGUCGACCUUUCCGCCAUGUACCAAGAUGACUCUGACGAAGGUGAUGAUCACGAGCCCUCUACAUCAACACAAAAGCGCAAGCGCAAGGCAAGGGAACACAGCUCCACGCCUACCCCCGGUACUAUACGUCCUACAAGGUUGCUCAAGGCCCCUGCACAUCAUUCGGUUUCCUUGGAGCAGGUCGAAUGCGCUUCCCUACUUGCCCUUCUGUUCCGGUCUCCUGCAGCUCCCUUCCUCUCGGAGGAUGUGCCAAACCUAUCGUCUGCUAUCCUGGCCCGCAUGACACGAUUCUUAGAACGCUACCACGGUGACGCAUCCCUUCACCACGACUACCUUCUUGCCCUGCAGCCAGUACUGUCUCAUCUUUGCCUGAAUCGAAUAAAGGACGUUAAAAAUUUUGCUCAUUCAACAUGGAAUCAACUGGUAGGACUGUGGGGUACCAAGAACAAACGCCUGAAGGAAAGUCUGGUUGGCAUUUUAAGAACGUUAUUCCCGUUCUUAACAGCUGCACAUGACGACCUUCCUAAAUACGCUUGGGCUGACGGAGUGUACAAACUUUGGACCCUUUUGAGCGGUGAGGCUGAGAGUCGAUGGGGUCUUGAUAGUCUCUCUCUCGACUCCUUGAGGCUCGAGGUACUUCCCUCCAACACCGAAAACUACGGACGUGGGGUGUUUGUCGCUCGCACAUUCAGGGCCGGAUGGCAUUUUGAAUCUUCUCAAGCCCUUGCGUGGGCUUUAAUGGAGCUACAAGCUGACUGUGCGGAGAAGCUCUUCGAUCACUCCGAGUGGAAGCAUGCUGAUACUUCGGACGGUGAAGGAAACCUAGGAAAGCGUGCCAAGCGUGAAAACCCUAUAGUAUCUCUUAUUCAUUCCAUACAGUCGACAACCACUUCCGGCGUUCGGACGUAUCAUCUCCAAGUUCUCCUAUUCUUCAUUGAUCGGCACUGGUCGUGCCUGCACAAGCAUAAUAAACUCCAAGAGAAUGUAAUGAACACCCUGCUGCAAUUUGUCUCCGUCGAUGAUCCCAUCAUCCAAUCCUGGACUUUCCUAUGCUUCGCCGCAAUUGCACAGUCAGAUGGCCUUCUGAGUUCACGCGCAACCCAGUCACCAUCAGUUGCACGGACCGCAGUUGUCGUCCGUGACUCCGCUGUAUGGGAUCCUGUGUGGACUCAUGCCAUGCGCAGAGCCAAUGUGCCUGUGGUUUGCAGGGCAGCAUGUCAUACCGCAUACACACUUAUUCUCCACUCCAAGUUUCUAUUAACAUCUCAGCGAGUUCUGAUCGAAAUCGAGACCUUAGCGAAGGAUCUGGAUCUGCAGGGCCCUGCAUUUCCAUAUGAUUCUGUGUGUAUGUUCCUGGCGCAAUGUUUGCAUGUCGCAAGCCAAGAUGUGAGGCUGUACAGGAUGCAGUUGGAGGAGAAGGUUCUUAGCUGGCUUCUUGAUAAUUGGAGAAUUGGUGCUGGACAGGCGGUGAAGGAUACUAGUGGGAAAUCCCGGAUGCCACUUCACACCAUCGGUGACAUUCUUGGGUUGCUAGAGAGCAUAUGUGGAACGUCGAAGCGAAGCGAUCUUCUUUGCCGCACGUUACUUCCCGAUUGUGCGAUCGCGGAGCUCAUGGAAGAAGAGCGGAAGACCAAGGUCAUCCGCGAUUUCCUACUGGAUGCUCAACUUCCUUCCUUCCGCAAGGACGCCGUAUCUGCAAGCUGCGACGAACCUACACACAGCUCUGUUAAUGGCGAAUUGACUAUCGACUCUGAGAUCGUUCAGCCUCGAGGGCGUGAGCGUCGAGUGACUUCGUCUUUGCUCAAAGCGAUGGAAUCUCUCACUGUCGAGUGGGACAUGUUCAAGGAAACCAACGUCCACCCCACUGCCGAAAAGCUCCGUCAAUCACUCGAUGCUGUUGUGACCGCCUUUGCGUUCGAGACCCUGCUUGUAUGGAACGGAAUGCGGUGUAAUCGACGCGUUCUGCAAUCUGCCGGUCGAGUAAUAUCACUUCUUGCACCAUUCCUAACAGAUGCACGCUGGACAGCAGAUGAACGCGUGCUGAUAUUACACGGCCUGGAGCCUCUGGUGAUGAAUGGAGAGGAGCGUAGUACGAACGAAGAGUGGGAAGCUAUGCUUGGCCCGGAUCUUGGCUCUGGCAUUAGAUCGCAUACUCUCAAGGGCCUGAAACGGAAUCUCUCUGAGAGACAUCACUCUCACACAGUUCGACGACUAUUUCAGCGUGUCUUUUGGGCAAAUGCAGACAUUCAAGAUGCAUUCUCCGCGGUUUCUGAAGCCCUUCGGGAAUCUCUUCGCACUAUGACAGGCCAACUUCGCCAAGGAGCACAAAAUGUUCAUGCUCUAGAUGCAGACGGAUUUGGCGAUAUCAUGACAACUCACACAGGACCACCAACACAGGAGGAUGCUGCUUCUGAUAACAUCACCGCCGCGAACCGGUACCUUGCUGACCUAUGUAUCACAUUCCUCGCGACGACUCCUGUCCUUCGAUUUUCGUCCGCGGAAGUUUUGCGCGACAGAGAGUUGACAAAGCUCAUACUUCAUUGUCCCGCAGAAAGGCUGCUUUUGAUAGGCAAUGCAGUCCUAGGAUCAGUUCGACGGCAGAUCUGGAGUCUUGAUAUCGACGUCCUCAACGCGCUCCUUGACAAACUCGAAGAUCUCCUUGGCUUGCACACUUAUGAUCACAAUGUUGAUCUGCAGCUUAUGGUUGUUGAUUUACUGGAUUCCACUUCGCAUUUUUGGCUCCAGAAGUCAAACGCGGACAGUGAUGUCGGAGAUCAUAUUCGCGAGUUAUGCGGUUGGCUCAGUCAAAACAUGAUACAGAGGAAUUUCGUCUCGUGGAAAAUACGCGAUUUCGUUUCCCAAUUUUUCGCUAGGUACAUUGCCCAAGACCCAUCCGAGUCCUUUUGGCCAACAGUAUACAAAAAGAAACCCGUAGAGCGACCCUCUACCAUUAUCCCAAUGCUGAACAUGGAUCAAGAUAUCCGCGUACGCUUCCGGGCUGCAGUCGUGAAUGCUCGUCUCUUCACCAUGGCUCGCUUUGCUGGUCAGAACUCCCUUGAUAUAUACAAUACCAUUAAAGAGAUGUUGACAAAGGAUCUCUCGGAUUACGAGAAAAUGCUCACUCGUACUUUAUGUCUCGGCAAUAUCAUGGUCGUGAGUUCCGCUGUGAGGCGUGGACCCUACUGGCACUUGAUCGAAGCUGCCUUUCAUAGCUCACAUUACGCAAAGCACAUCCAAGCGACUCUGACUGGUGUUUCUGAGAGACUUGGGCUCCCUAAAUUGUCAGACCUCUUCGAAGCAUACGCUUCACAGAUUGCGUACUCCAUUCGACAGGCUUUUCAGGAUGUGUGUGGUCUCCCUCCUGAGCUCCUUGGCUACCGGGAUCGAAAGGAAUGCGCAGAAGCAACCUUCCGUCUUUUCACGCCGACCAAUGUCAUGGCAGGCGGCGGAAAUUCGGAAACGGUGGAACACGGCCGCCGAUUAUUCCUGGCUCACUGCGCCACAGUUCAAAAGACCGCUGCUGAUGGCUUGCAGGAAUGCUUGGGUGAUCUCAUCGGAUUCCAACUUGUAUUUUGGCUGGAUGAUGGGCGAGUUGGUUGUAACACACCACCGGAGCAGUUGAAAAAGAUGUUGAAAGACAAAGGCGUCGAUCUUAACCAAGAGCAGGGUUUCAACGACAGUGUAGAGCAAAAUGCGGCGAGCAUUGCAGCGGCAGUAGUUCGGUCCCUAGGUGACCAGGACUUCUCCGCUGAUGGUCCGAUCAUGCAAGCAAUCAAGGCGCAUGAUUCGAGCCACUCCGCUCAAGUUUUCAAGGCUCUGUCCAAGUACCGAACCUUGGAUGACUUCAACCUCCACAGUCCAAAUCUUCCUGCAUUUGGCUCAUCCACUGUCCUACGAGCUCUCAAUUGGUGCAUUUCUCUCGCGGUCCGCGAUCACGUCAAAGCCAUAUCCUAUCAUGUCCUCCACCAGCUUUUCUCCGAAGUCCAGAGAUCACCAUUAGUCAAUGAGCAGAUCCGCCUACUGAACGGCAUUUCUCUUCUAGUAGCGGUCCGUCAUGAGGACUUCCAAGAACCUACAUUACUCCACACUCUGAUUCAUGAAGCAACUUCUCUUCUCGCUCAGGUGGACCUCGUACAGGCGGCUCGCUCUUUCCUCGAAUGGGGAUUUACCAUGUAUCUUUUGACGUCUCAAGUGGAUCCAAGGUUUCCUGAUGUGCUCAUUCGGGUGUGCGCUCAGGCUCAUGAUUAUUCACUUGUCACCGAUGACGUUCAAAUCGCAACCAUAGGCAGGGGCCUGUUACAUUGGAUCGACAGGCAAGCUCUCGAACUUUGCCGAAGUUCCAAAAUCAGGUCACAGGUCAUGAACGCCCUGUCAGCUUGGCCACAUCAGCCCUCAUCUGAACUGCUGUCAGUUUAUGAGGAUAUCACUGCAGAUGGUCUUUCAAUGAUUUUGAGCGACUUUCGCAUUGCGUCCAACAAGUUUCGCCUUGUCAGGCGGUUCCGAGACCUCGCAGAGCAGCGCGUCUAUGAUCGAGCGCAGUUCGCCAAGACAGAUUUCUGGCGUCUUAAAGAUUUCAUUCCUACCAGGGACCAGCUCCAACCUGACGACGUGGAUGCAUUCGCUUCUUUAUUGAUCGCGAAUAAUGGGGACAUCUACAGCUUCGGGAGUGAACAGCCCUUUCUGCAGACGUUGCGGGGGCGACAUCGGCGCAGUGCAAAAAAGUCACAAAUGGAAUCUUCACCUCAGCGGGUGAUCAUUCAAACGCUGCUCGCUAUGAUGGACGGAAACUCACCACAAGAAGUCAAUCUCGCUUACUCCACCCUUCGAUCCGUUGUAUCAGCUUCUUCAUCGGAUAUGCUCCUCCUCCAAUCUUGGCCUGUCGAGUCGAGAGCUGCUUUGGAAUAUCUCCAACAAUAUCCGAUCAAAGCGAGGUUUCGGCAUGUCCGCGGCAUUGACGAGCUGGAGGCGACGGUCAAGUGUCAUCUGGAGUCUGAAUUUCAGAAAUGGAUCAGCGAGCUGGCCAUCUUGCUGAGCGAUGUGCUUAGCGCUGUGGACCCAUUUUACGCACAAUUCUCAACGUUUUUGGAGCGCGAUGUUUCUUUUGCCGAUGAAAUGCUUCCCGUAUUGGUCCACACUUUGCUGCAGAACGAACUUGAUCAGCCGAAAUCAACGGGCGCGCCCUCGAAAUCUCGUCUAUCAGAAUAUUUCAGUGCCAUGCUUAUGUUGGAGAAUGUCCAUUUGUCCUGCUUAAGGUCUAUUGUCGGCGUCGUACUUCACCUUCGCAACUUUUGCCCGAAAGGUUCCACUGAUUCUCUGGCUCACGACAAAUGGCUUGAUAUCGAUUACAUGCUCCUUGCAAGAAGUGCAGUGACGUGUGGCGCGUAUACGACUGCUCUUCUAUUCCUCGAGCUCGCGGCGGAGUACCAGUCCUUGGACAUGGACAAUACAGCAGGCACAGAACAUCUCCUUUUCGAAAUUUACAGCCACAUCGACGAGCCUGAUGGAUUUUACGGGAUCAAGACCGCUGAUUUACGACAUUUCCUCAUCAAACGGUUUCAUCAUGAGAAGCAAUGGGAGAAAGCAUUUCGUUUCCACGGUGCUGCCCUUGAGGCUGGAAGCCCCGAGGCAGUCGACACAGAUGGUCUGCUCAGUUCUUUCCAUGCUUUCGGCUUCGACCGUCUUGCUAUUGGCACUCUUCAGACGUCCCAGAUUGGCCUUGACACGAGGAAUUCCUCGUCCGCCAUGUGUUUUCAGUUGGGUUGGCGUACCGAAACCUGGGACUUGCCUGACAAUACAGGGGAUAGUUCCGGGGCCACGCUUUAUCAGGCGCUGCGAGCAGUGUAUAGGGAACGGGACCCGCGGGCAGUCGACGCCAUUGUUCGCAGCUCGCUUGACGAUGAAAUGACCCGCCUGCGGCAGCUUGGCACUGAGAACAUCUCAGGUAUUCGCGAGGUUGCUCGCAAUAUAAUGUGUCUCGGUCAGAUUACCCAGUGGAGGAGUCAUUCUAUGCAGCAGCAGCUUUCAAGCAAGUCAGAAGAUACCCACAAUCUGCCCAAGCUUGAUGAAAUCAAUUCCGACUUCGAAUUUACAGAUUUGGAACAGAUCCUUGCAACGAGGAUCUCAUUGGUACGGUCGGUCAGGCAGAAAGAGGAACGAAAGCAAAUCGGCAGUCUCACCACACCGUUCGUUCGUGGGAUUCUAGACAUCGAAAAGCGAUGCCUCGUCCGCCUAUCCAUUGCCGCUAGGAAAUCCAAUCAAUUGCAAGUGGCAUUGAACUCUAUCGUGAAAGCACAGCGGCUCGAGAGAAAUGCCAGCUUCGAAGUUGCUCGUGAAUUCGCCAACGUUCUGUGGCUCCAGAAGGAGCAAAAGUUGGCAGUGCAGUACCUUAAAGACUUGGUAGAUGGUCAGAACUUGGGUGCUGAUGGUGCAGUAGAAAAGGCGUUGUCAUUUGCUCGACUUGGAGACUGGAUCGCCGAGGCAUGUCUAGAAAAACCAACCGACAUCAAGCGCAAAUUCUUUGAUCCUGCCGUCGAGCUCGCCAUUGCAGCCGAGAAGCGGACGGACGUUCGCGACCACGCAUGUGCCACUGUUUUCCGCAAGUGUGCGCUUUUUGCAGACCAACAGUAUCAUUCGAUCCUGAAGUCGUCAGAUGCCAUGCGCUGGCACAUCUAUACAGAGCGCAAGAAACAGGAGGUCAGACAGAGAGAGAGCCAGCUGCAGAAAACUCAACAAGGAACACAUGAGUACUCGGUAUUAGUUGAAGAACAGAAGAAGGCGAGAAUUGUCCUAGCUGAAGAUCUGAAAGCCAAAGCGUGCCAUAUGGGGGCGCGAGACGCAUUCCUUGAGCUAGCUAUUGACAUGUACUCUCGCUGUCUGGCUUCCUCCGAUCGCUUUGAUGACGAUGGUCCCAUCCGCUUCUCGUCCCUUUGGUUUGCGAAUUUCGACGACCUUGGCAUCCAGGACAAGCUCAAAGUCGCUCUCGAUCGCGUGCCCUCCCGCAAGUUUGUCUUCCUCUCUCAUCAACUGUCUGCUCGCAUGUCAAAAUCCUCGGCAGAGACCCCGAAGAACCAGCAUAAUCUUCAAGGACUCGUCUUACGCAUGUGUCAAGAGCAUCCUUUCCACAGCCUAUACCAGGUAUUCUGCUUACGUCCAGAGCAACCCCAGGGUGUGCGAAGGACUUCCUCACGAUUUGAGCUCCCAUCAUCGCAGUCGGAUCGCGGUGGAGCUGCAAGCGCCAUCUUCGAUAGGCUGCUCAGCGAUCCCACACAAACAGCGAGGAUCCGAUCGAUCGAGCAGGUCUGUAAUGCUUCACUGGAAUGGGCCAAGUAUCCUGUCAAGCAUCCUACGAUAAAGAAAACCAAUAACGGACUACUCAUUCCCGAUGCCUUACCCAUUCGGAAGCUGCGCGACGUCCAGGUUCCUGUCAUCACCUGCCGUACACCCAUCGAUCCAACCCUCAAGUACAACGAUUGUAUCUGGAUCAGUCGCUACCACCCAGAAUUCACUCCAGCCGGGGGAAUCAACCACCCGAAAAUCAGUACCUGCUAUGGGAGCAAUGGGGAGCAAUUCAAGCAGCUCUUUAAAGGCGAAGGCAACGACGAUAUGCGGCAAGAUGCUGUCAUGGAGCAAGUUUUCCACCUGUGCAACAUGGUGCUACGCUACGAUAAAGAGACUCGGCGACGGAAUCUUAACGUCCGCGAUUACAAAGUUCUACCUCUCGCCACCCAAGCCGGAGUCAUCGAAUUCGUAGGCAACACUGUCCCCCUCCAAAAAUGGCUCCAGGAAGCGCACAGCAGGUACCGUCCUAGCGACCUAAAACAUGGACAGAUCCUAACGAUGUUAAAACAAACGCGCGAGAAAAACGGCGGAAAGACCGAAGCGAUGGUCAAAACAUUUCAACUAAUAUGCCAACGAACCCAACCGGUGAUGAGGCACUACUUUACCGAAAAGCAUAAAACCCCCAUCACUUGGUUCGCCAUGCGUCUCAACUACACUCGCAGCGUCGCUACCACUUCCAUCGUGGGGCACAUUCUAGGUCUUGGGGAUCGCCAUGUGCAGAAUAUAUUGAUUGAUAAUGGGUCGGGAGAGGUGGUGCAUAUUGAUUUGGGAAUCGCUUUUGAUCAGGGCAAACUGUUGCGUAUCCCAGAGAGAGUACCAUUCCGAAUGACGCGGGACAUGGUCGAUGGGAUGGGGAAGUGCGGGACGCAAGGCGUGUUCCAGCGCUGCGCAGAAGAAACCCUGCGUGUGUUGCGUGACAGGUCAGACGUCAUACUCACAGUUCUUGAGGUAUUCAAACACGACCCGCUGCAUUCCUGGACAGCGAGCGAACUCAAGAUCAAAAAAGUGCAAGACAACACAGCAGAGCCUACCCGAUUUGCCCGGGAUGUAUCCCGCUUCGGUGCCAUCGCCAUAGACCUACAGAGCGGGUCAGCAGACGAAGCUGCUGAUCGUGCGCUCGCAGGCGUCGCGCGCAAGCUCGACAAGGCCUUGAGCGUAGAGUACACGGUCAACGAACUCAUAGCGGAGGCUACGGAUAUCGUGAACUUAGCGACUAUUUACCAAGGAUGGAGUCCCGACUAUUGAAAUUUGCGGGCGUUUUAAAAUAGAAUUGUUCUUCAGUUACUUAUGCUUUCUUAGAUUACACAAAUCUCGAGUAUUCAAUUCUCAUCCUGCACGUGCAUAGGACCUGUAUCCCUAGUCAUUCUCAUUCUCAUUUCUAUACAUCAAUCAAUCGUGCAUACACGACAG